AUGAACAUGGCACAUUACAAUGUAUCAGGUCACAUCAAGCAGGUAAAUAAUUAUAUUCCACCAAUAUAAACAGAGUGCAUUACCUGUAAAAGCCCCUGAGAGUCUGUUACAUGACUCUUCUGUUUUCUGUAAUCUGUCAUCAGAUAGCCAUGCUUCUCCUAUGUUACCAUAGUGCCCAACACACAAGCUCCUCGCUCCCAGGCUGUAUGAAUGAUCCAUGAGGCUGUGUGCUUGGCUGAAUACUCUUUCUGCUUGACUCUACAUUCUAAAAUGCUCCAUAAGGCAGCAUUGCACUUUUGUACACCUCUCUCUUUUACUGGCUGGGAAAAGCCUUACAGACCAGCAUGUAGGUGUAGAUCCUUCUGAUGCCAAGCACUUGUAGGUCACAUGAAUAUUCGCUUGCUGGAAAAAUUCCUUUAGCAAAUGUGCAGGACUUCUUCCCAUGGAUACUCAGGGUGACAUUAUAAUAGAAUUUAGGAGAAGAUAAUUAUUUGAGAGGGCUCUCAACCACAAACUGUCUCAACCUGCUAACUACAACUAAAUGUGGACUAAAUUUGACUCACUAUGUUCAGGAAAAUACAGUCGGUCUUUCACCCAAAUUCCUGCAGUCGAGACCUGACUGAAGGAAACUCAUCCCACAAUGGGACUCUUUCCCCUGUGCGACUGGUGCGCAGCACUUCUAUGUAUGUGGUUGGCGGCAGGAGGCAAAUGUUCAGCGAGUCCUUAAAGAAGUACAAAAGUACCACCAACAUAGAUUCUUCUGGUUGCCACUACAAAGAUGAAGAUACAGCAUGGUUGUUUGCCAAGACUCAGGAUUUCUUGCAGUAUCUUCAGGACUUGUUAGCACUCAGGAAAAAAUAUCUAAGCAGCCUCCACAACUUGAGGUCAUCCACGGAUUAUUCCCCUAUUUCAACCAAGUCUUCCAAAGGAGAAAAAAGGGCACUCCCUCCUCCAUCAGAAAACUGUAAGGUUUCAAAGGAAAACAAAAGGCAACACCCGAAUUCUGAAAUUUUAGAUGCUAUCGCUUAUUUUGAUGCUGUUAUUGCAGAGCUGGAUUCCGAGAGGAGAAUCAGACUACCGAUACCAGAUUUUAAGAAUGAAGAUGUUGACUUUGAUGUGGCCACCAGCAGCAGAGAACAUAGCUUACAUUCCAACUGGAUCCUUCGGGCACCAAGGAGGAAGAAUGAAGAGAUCUGCACGGCAGCCGUUGUUCAGUAUCAGACACAGAGAACCGGCAAGGGGAGCACAAGCAUCAAGAGAAUAGAGAGGCAUCCCAUCUAUUUACCAAAAGCUGUGGAAGGGGCAUUUAACACACUGAAAUUUAAGCCCAAUACCAAGUCAAAAUAAAACAAAAGACUGCACAUGUAGAAUAAUGGACUGCAAAGGAAACACAUGUUUUGGGUCAAAGGUCGACU